AUGUGGAAACGAGAUUUGUGUUUGUUGAUUGUGGGAUUUCAAACUUUUCUUGGAGGCGGUCAGUCCCCGUUGCUUGCAGCAGGUAUGAACUCGCUUCAUCUUGAAUUUGACAAGCCUCUCACUACGGUGGCAUACCUAGUUGGUGGCUUCAUGUUGGCGCUUGGUACAGGCUCAGUUUUUGCAAGUCCAACUGCUAUCUUAUAUGGAAAAAGAUUCGUUUAUUUGAUGGGAAUCUUGAUCUUUUUCGUAGGUUCUAUCGUGGCGGGAGCUGCUAAGUCGUUUGGGGCCCUCAUGGCCGGUAGAAUCAUCACCGGUUUCGGUGCUUCACCAACAGAAUCUCUUCCUAGUGCUACUAUAGCCGAAAUUUACUUUGCUCACGAGAGAGCCUACCGAGUGGGAAUUUACACCAUGCUUAUGCUUGGAGGAAAAAAUAUCAUUCCGUUAUUGUCAGGGCUUGUGUUCGAACUGUUGGACCGCCACUGGCUCUUCUGGAUCCUUGCUAUGUUCCUCGGUAUGAACCUUCUCUUGACAUUUUUCUUUGUCCCAGAGACAUUUUGGGAAAGGUCACCGACUCCCAACAAGCGUUCAUUGGAAGAGACUGAAGCGGCACAUAAUGUGGCCAAUUAUAACCCCCCUGAACGCCGUCCAAAUGCAUUUGCCCUCCAUAGGGCAACCACAGAUAACGUUUUAGAAGUGGAAAGUUUAUCAUCUUCUGUGGUCAACACCUCCCGCAUAGCCCCUUCUGCCCAAGUAGAAGCCCCCGUUGCCAUCACCGAGCCUCCACCACCAGAGCAUACCCCUGCCGCUCCAAAGCCAUACUGGAAAUCCCUAGCUAUUUUUGAUGGCCGCCAUACCAUUGACAGCUGGUGGAUGGUGGCAUUACGGCCAUUUUUCCUCUACACGUACCCAUCGGUACUCUUUGGAUCAUUCAUUUAUUCUUUGGCUGUUGUAUGGUUGAUUGUGAUUUCCGAGACCAUCGCCGAGAUUUUCCAUGGCGAAGCAUACGGAUACACCCAACAAACUAUUGGGCUCUUCUACAUAUCUCCCUUCAUAGGUGGUAUUUUGGGCUCUAUGUGCACGGGACUCAUUAGCGACAGACUCUCAAGAUAUUUGGUUUCCAAGAAUCAUGGAAUUUAUGAACCAGAAUUUAGACUCAUUAUGAUGAUCCCAGCAACUUUCUUCAUCUCAUUUGGCCUUAUUGGUUACGGCUGGUCGGCUCAAGCCGAGGAUAUGUGGGCAGGCCCCGUCAUAUUCUUUGGAUGUCUCUCUUUCGGGAGUUCGAUGGCAUCGACAACAGCUAUUACAUUUACGGUUGACUCAUACAAGAUGUUUGCUGCCGAGGCAUUGGUCUCGUUUAACUUUUUGAAGAACUUUCUAGGAUUUAUCUUUUCCAUCUUCAACAACGCAGCAUACAGUGCAAGAGGCGGUAGGAAUAUUUUCAUUGCCUACGGCAUGGUCCAGCUAUUUGUGAGUCUUUUUGGCAUACCUCUUUACAUCUAUGGAAAGAAACUUAGAAGCUGGACCGAUAGGCGCGAGAUCUUGCGCCGCUUGUAUCACGAAGAUAACGUGCCUGUUACGAACUCAUUUGAUGGCUCUCACACGGAUACCGAGGAAGAAGCCGAUGACUCGCAUACGGAAGCUGGAAUAGAGGAUGAAGCUAAAUCCGAAUCCACUCCUGGUCCUUCUCCAGAUGCCACUAUACAGAAAGAAAACUAG